AUGUUGCUUGCAAUUUCAAGUUUAAAUGGAAUACCAGUCCACAAGCGUAUGAUACACCCAAUUCCACCAUGGGAACUGUUUGAGCCCCUAAUUGAUCUCCAUGUAUACAAUAAUUCAUUCGGUAAAGACCUCACAACUAAACAAAUCGAUAGCAACCUCACUGCAGAAAUGUAUGAUAAAUACAAUGGAUACUGUAAACUAUACACCGAUGGCUCAGUAAAAAAUGGAAAAAAAGGUUGUGCAAUUAUCCAUGACGACCAAACUUUCAUGUACCGUCUACCAGACUUUACUAACAUCUUUUCUUGCGAAGUAAUAGCAAUCCAAAAAAGCAAUCGAUCAUAUAAUCAAGAACAACAUCCAAAAAGCCAUAAUUUUAACUGA